CCGGAAGGAACGAACAUCAUAAUUUCACUUAAGUAUACCAAAUCAGUGUUUUUUGUUUUUAUUGCUCCCGUAGUGCUGCUGCUUUUCUUUUUCUUCUUCUAGUGUAAAGUAAAAGCUUUCUGUCAUUGGAGCUUUACCCAAAGGGAAAGGAUAUCUGGAAUUAAGUACGCUUCAGCUGCAUCCGAAUACGUUAUAUUGAUUCUUCUGCCAAAAUAAGAAGGUCCGGUGGACAAAAAUCGUGCAAUUUCGCGGUUGACAUUCACGAAAGUACUAGAAACGGAACAAACAAUGUCCAAAAUGGUGAAAGGAAAAAUUUGUUCCCUCGCGUUUGCCGCGAUUCUCUGCGUCGUCGCAACCAGCUUCGGAGGAGGGCUUGGUAUGUGUCUUGUUACUGCUGUGCGGCCUUCCGCGCGCGGGAUGAUCACGACUGAGGAGGAAAUGCAAGACAUCGCCCUUAACGGAGACGCGGACGAGCGCGAGUGGGCACUUGCUUGCUUAGCCGACUUAAGCUGGUGCAAGGAGAGGACGAUGAGGACGAAGAGAAGAAGCGAGCGAAGACAACGCGCAAAAGCUCGCGCGAGAGAAACUGCGGUGGAAGCAGGUCGUGCGCCGAGUACUCCACGACGAGCGAUAGAACCGGCUCCUGCAGCCACGCCUCCUGCCAGAACGCCAAAUCAUUUGUUUGGGAACACUCCGUCUCCGUCUCCCGUACAGCCCCUGCACGCGCUGGUUACUCCACCACGUCAGGCAGGAGCCCCUGGUGCUCCAAUGGUUGCUCCUGAGGCAAAAACGCCGGCUACGUUGUAUGCGGAUACGCCGUCACCCAUUCGGAUGCGGACGGCGCUGCCCCGACCUGUAGCUGCUGCUCAGCCGCAACCUGCGCCACCAGGAGCGGGGGCACCGCCCGAAAUUGACCUGGAGGGCAUGGCAAGGGCUUUGGGUUUUUCACGUGAGCAGACCAUUGUGUUGCGUAACCGCUUCGAUCAACUGUUACGGAACACGGCCUUUCUCCAAGCUGCGCCUAGCAUCGCAGCCUCAGCCGCCCAAGCCGCACAGAGCGCAAGAAAUGCUGCUCAGCCUGGUAUUGAACACCCUGGAAAUGCUCCCGCUUCUCCUCCUCCUGCAGGCGGAAUAUUAUGAGGGCGCACGCACCACGGGCGCCGCGGAGCGAGGUGCUCGUCCUAAUUUUUGAAGAAAAUCAUGCGGGUUUUGUGCCUGUUGUGUCGGGACGAUAAUCGGAAACCGAAUGCCGGCUGAAGCCGCGUUUUCGGGAAACAGGAGAAAAGAAUGCAGCGCGUAUAAUUAAGUAUAGUAGAAGGAGCCUCAAGAUUUUUUGCUCCGUAUGAACAUGCGAGUACUUUCGAAGAAGGUAGAUGUAGAACAGAAAUGGAAAUGGUGUGCAAAUCUGUGGCGUCUUUGACUCUGCCUAUAAGUGUUUAGUGGGAACGGCAUACUACUACCUGUAGUAUACCUGUGCUACUAUGCAAGAAAAAGUCUUUUUCUUUUUGUGUAUGAUUGAGCAGAGACGUCGCGCAAGUCUGUUUGUGUAUGAUUGUAGUGCAGAAAGAACAGCUGCCAUUGUUUUGAGAAGUUCAUGCGAUUACGUUAUUUUGCUUUUGCUAUUGAAAGAAGAAAUAGGGGGACGAAAAAAUAAGAAUUUUUGGAAGGUGUGCAUGUAGUUCAUGUUUUGCAUGAUAAGUAUAUCUGACUGACACGAUGAAAAAGAAGAAAAGCAAUCGUAUAAAAUGGAGAACCAGGAAAGGGUAGUACGCUUCGGGUAAGCUGCAGCCGCAUCACUCAACUUAAAACCUGUAGGUUCAGACUUAGAGCGUAGGAACAAAAUGAAAAAAAAACUACAACACAUCAAACACCAACAGUGACGAGACAGCAAUAGAAGAAGAAGGAGACGUAAAUCGUCGGCCCCAGCGGUAUUUCUCGCCAGUGGCUGGAUCACUUUUUUCAGAUCUCUGCUCCUUUUAUGCUUCAAACAGUUGCGGUCCACCGCUAAGGCUUAACUAUGACUACAGGAGGGAAUGCCAGUUGUGAGCAUGUUGAAACAGAUGAAGCCCUGACCAAUUAAUAACAAGAGUUAACUUUUUGAUCAUUGCACA